GUAAUAAUAAAACCUGAAUUUUAACGUAACUAAUAAAUUGGGCGUAUAGAAGUUUAAUUCUUAUCAUAAAUAUUGACAUUUGAUACAAACAUUUUGUAAAAAAGAAAAAAGAAAACAUGCUCUAGGCAAUUAUCUAGACAAUUAUGAAUUUCAUCUUAUAUUUAUUGUGGGAAUUAAUUUAUUAAAACAAUCCGUUGAAUUAGUUGUACAAUUUUCAAUUCAAUAAUUCUAUAAAUUAUAAAUCCAAUAUGAAAACAAUUACAUUUUUAAUAAAUUUGUGGAUUAUAAUUUUUUCUAUCAUUCUCUCUUGUUAUUAUGUGAAUAGUACAGUUUAUUCUUAUCCUUUACAUAUAUUUGGAAGAAUUGGUUUAACAAGUGCAUCGAAACAACCAUUUCUUAGUUCAUGGAAUUCAAAAUAUAUUAAAAAUCAUGAUAAUUAUCCAAAAAGAAAUUAUUUACAUAAUGAUUUAUUAUUUAAUGAUCAUGAUUCAUCGUCAUCAUCAUCAUCUGUAUCAUCAUCAACAGCCUUAUCAUCGCCAACAUCAUCACUUUCUUCAUCAUUACUCUUAGAUGAAAACUUUUUCGAUAUACAUAAUACUCAUUCAUCAAAUAUAGAUCGAUUAGAUCCAACAAGUUAUUAUGCAGAUUGGCAUCGUUUAUUAAAUGGUUAUGGUAGUCAAAGAUGUUAUAAAAUUCCUAAAAAUAUGUCACUAUGUCAAAAUAUUGGUUAUGAUAGUAUGAUAUUACCAAAUUAUUUACAACAUGAAGAUCUUAAAGAAGCUGUUGAACAAUCACAAGUAUGGACAAGUUUAGUACAAACUGAAUGUCAUUCUGAUUUGAGAAAAUUUUUAUGUGCUUUAUAUGCACCAGUGUGUGUUGAUGGACAUCAAGAACGUCUUAUACAUCCAUGUCAAAAUUUAUGUGAAGAUGUACGAAGAAGUUGUUUACCAAAAAUGUUACAAUUUGGGUUUGGAUGGCCAGAUAUUGUUAAAUGUUCUAGAUUUCCUACUAGUGCAACUAGAAUGUGUAUACCAUUAACUCAACAAAGAAGACUUCGAUGUUCUGGUUGCGUAGAGGAACCAACGUUUGAAAGUGCAAUCAGUAGUUUCUGUAUGGCUGAUGUUGUGAUACGUGCACAAAUUGUUUAUAUUAAUAAAGAAACUGCAAUCAAUAAUAGGUCUAUACAAUUGUACUUAGACACACAAGCUAGAACACUUAAACUUCCAAAAGAACAUAUUAAUUUUGGUCAUCUAAAAAUCACUGUAGAUUGUGAAUGCAAUCUUUUGGAUGAAUUAACAGAUUCAAUGAAUAACAGAAUAACAAAAUGGUUGAUAAUGGGUAAAAUAUCACCAAGUCGAGGAGUUCUACAUGUUGAGUAUUUAUCCCGAAUCAACCGUUCCAAUUUGGGCCUUAAACGUGCUCUUAAAGCAAUGAGACGUCCACCUUCACAGCUAUGCAAACUACCGAUUUCAGACAGGCCAUCGUCAACUAAUUCGAACACUAAUCAAAUAAAUACACUUCAUCAAACUAAAUCUACACCAGCUAAACGGUCAAAUACAAUAAGCACACAAAGACGUGUCAGUCAACCAUAUAAGUAUUUACAUUCAUCUUCAUUUUCGUCACUAAAUAGCUCGAACAUCGAUCGAAUAAAUCGUAAAGUUCCGUCUUCAAUGCCAUUUCAUCAAAAUUCGCGCAAGAAACACGCAACACGUCGUCUUUUAGUACGUCGUAGUCAAGGUACAUUGAAUAAACACACAGAAAGUAAAUAUCUGGAAAAUAUUAAUCAGAGAAAUAAAGAUUCAUAUCCAGUUAGAUCACAUUCAACUGAAUACUCAAAGAAUUCAGUUCAUUUUCAACCAUAUAUACAAUUAUCCAAAUCAAGUGAAAAACUACCAAUUGAAAGUGAAAAUGAUUUAUUCUCACCUCAAACAUUAUCACCAUGGUUAAAUUAAUUCUGCAUCAAUCACUCUACACAUAUACUCACAUAAUCAUAUAUACACAUUAUUAUGAUGACUAUUAUUACAUUAUCUGUUACAUUCUAUACAAAGUGAAAUCUUUUGUUAACAUGGAAUUAAAUCAUGCCAAAAAGAAAAAGAAAGUAAUUGUGAUUACAUUAUUUAUUUCCUCUAUACAUUGAAAAAAAUUAUAUGUAGACAAAAAGUCACAUAAAUUUUGUUUUUCUUUUCAAUGCUUUCAUUUUCCUCUAUUCACCAUCAUAAACUAAUCGUUCAUAAACUCUAUUAUCAUUAUUACACAUUAUCAUUUCAAUUCAAUUUUUGGUAUAUAUUCAUAAGUUAACUCAUAAACUAAUCCAUAAACAUAAACAUAUGAAAACCUGAUUUGGUUGGUUAAUAAAAGAAAAAAAAAGAUGUCUAUGGAAAUAUAUAUAUAUAU